AUGGGGAAGUGGAACAGGACCCAUGCGACUUUUGCCGGAAAGGAGAAGCCGCUGUUGCAUUUGGAGAUUGUGUUCGAAUUGCUGGAGAACAGUAUGGAAACAACCCAAAAUCCUAUCGGAAAGAACCAAUACCCUUUGAGGUUAGCAACAAGGUCAGAGGUAGAUUAUAAAGGCUAUAAGACUGAGCAUCAAGAUAAUACACCUUUUCGGGAGGAGACGUUUAAUCAGGAAUGCUUUCCAGAUGGAUACACGGUAUUAGGAAACCUUGUGCUGCCACGUCCAACUGGAGAGCACAAAGAGCUGGCAGAGCGAUGGGAAGGAGAGCUGCAAAAGCUCAAUAAACGGGACAUGAAAGAACUGCGAGAUCGUCCUAUAAAUGACCUCAACGAGGCAUUCACGAGGUUCCAGGAUCGAGAAGUAUCGACUUGGAAAGCUCAUCAAGAGGAGAGGUCACCAACACAUCUGGUGAAACCGUCGGGAUGCUUGGAAUCACCCCUUGCUCUGCGUCUGAACCAGCCAUCAUUCACCUCAGAUAAUAUCGACAACGGCGAAACAGCCGAUCCUAGUAAUGGUUGUAUGGCUAUGGUUAUGGGCUCUGGAUAUCACGCAGACAACUUACUCUUUGAUCACGUCCACCGUAGAAGUAAUAGCUCUGAAGCUAUUGACGAGCAAGAAUUUCCAGCAGAUGUCUUACAAUGUCAUGAACAGUUUACUGAUGAUAUUGCAAACUCAAUGACGGCUAAAGUUGAGGUUCUCUUCGGGGUUAAGGUCCAAAAACGUCUCCUGGCUCGCCAAGCUUUUGAGUUUGCGACAGGAGAAAACAAUGACCGCCGCGAUUCGGAUGACUGGUAUACUAGCAUCCCUUGGGAAGAAGGGUAUUACUCAAAUAAGCUCUGGCUAGGGCAUAUCCCAUUUGCUGCUCGGAGUACGCUCGAGUGCCGGGCCAUCGGCCACCAAAUCUCACAAGGCCAGCGGAUACCGAAGCCGACAAUUUUAAAAGUCGAUGAUGACAUUGAACUAACUCCGGAGCAGCAAUACGACCGUGGGAGCUGUGAUGCUCGGUUUUUCUCGGAAAAACCAUGGAGCAACCAGGAGUUGAGGGAGCUCAUCCCUCCAGCAUUGGCUGCUCUUGAAACAGCUGGUCUAUCCUCAGCAAACUGGAGCUUGCCUACCGACCUCCCUGAUCCAGUUCUAUAUUGGCUCAAAGGGCAAAAGCAUAUAUUGUUCUCUAAGACACCGAUUUCAAGCCUUGAGGAUGUUGCAAAUACCCUGCUGUCAAUUCUGCCGAGAGUGCUUUCUAUUGACGCUGAUUCUACUAAGGAGAUUCUCAAGCAGACUAUGAUUCAUCAGGAGGCCCAACUCGGCGAAGUCAAAUUAUCGCAUCAACAAUUCUGGCAUAGCAGAUUUGACGGGUCAGUAGUUAAGGUUUUUUGCGGAACCUGUGGACAUUAUAAUCAAGAUUCUCGCAUCUAG